GUAGUACAGCAACCAGUGUAGAAGACUUAAGGAGGGGGUCAUCAACAGAAAGACCGGUCUAGAGUAACUACCGUGCCAAAGGAGAAACAGUUGACUAUCGCGUUUAGAAGAGCAAGUAGUGCUCAAUAUUCUCAGAAUCUUGUUAACACGCGUUCUAAAAACAUCGCGCUUACAUUAGAAAAUGUUUUUCUAGCAAAUAGUUGCGUUAUUUUAAAUAAUUUGACAAAAUGCCUUUACCGACAAAGCUUUAUAGUGCGGUGUUACUCAGUGUUACAGUUUUAUCUAUAAAAUUACCGAAAACUGUCAAUAUAAAUAAAUGUUGUAAGUUUAAUGAAUUAUUGACAAUACAGAAUCAAACGUGUGCCCAAAACUCUUCUAGUUCUUGGAACUUGGAAAUUUACAAUGCACGCAAGGGUAAAUUUGAACUGUUUACAGAAUUACCCGUUAAUUGGAAAGUGAAGGAAGAUAAUUUCUUGAAUUGUUCAAAGCCACAGCAACUGAAAUUUCAACAAAAGAAUAAUUUUCCUUUUUUAAACGGAUCCAUCUUCAGUCUUGAAUUUAACAGACUUUUUCAUCCAAAUGAAUUCUGUUUAGACUAUCAGUCGGCUUUGGUGUGUUUAAACGAACCGGAAAAUCUAAUAAUUAUCAAAAAGUGUUGUGGUGAUAACGCGAUUUUUUCUCAAACUAAAAGUACUUGUAUUACAAUUAAAGAUGUCGGUUAUAAGAUAGACGUCGGUCAAAAUAGAACUUUAGGUGCUGGGUUUCCCCCUUGCGCAGACAAUAAUAUGCACGUUGUCGGCGAAUUGCGCAAAUCUACCAUUAUGAAUAAUGGUAGCUUAUUAGUUGACAAAAAGUUGCAUCUAGGCGCAGGGAACUUUUGUUUGGAACAUGUUUUGGAACAAACAGAACGAUCGGCGAGUAUAAUCACUUGCCCUGAGUACAUACCACAAGUACAUAAAAAACUCAUCCCUUCUCAAAAUGAAACAGAUAUUCGCUUCACGUUAUAUCCCAUCGGUUUAGCGAUUAGUGCUAUUUUCCUAGCGGCUACUCUAGCUGCUGGUUCGCUGCUUCCGGCCAGUCACCACGUGCUGCAUUGGCGAUGUCAGACGAACCAUGUGGCUUGUUUACUGGUAGGGGAUGUUCUGUUAUGUAUUACACAUCUCUCCGGACCUAUCGCGUUCGUCCCGUGCUUUUCUAUCGCCGUUUCGAUGCUGUUUCUUUUCUUGUCAGCAUUCUUUUGGCUCAACACCAUGUGCUUUAACAUCUGGUGGACGUUUAGAGACUUGCGACCGCAAAGCACUGAAAAAAGUCAAGAAAGACUACGACUCAGAUUGUACGAGGUGUACGCGUGGGGAAUCCCACUUCUGAUUACGGUAAUAGCGGCUUCCCUUGAUCUGAGUUCCAAUCAAGACGAAGUUUUGCGACCCAGAUUCGCAGAACAUAAUUGUUGGUUUGCUGGUGAUGUAGAGAAAUUGACAUACUUUUUCGGGCCAGUCGGAACCUUAUUGUUCAUCAAUUUGCUGCUGUUCGGUCUCACGGCCAGAGAACUUACCUGCGGUUUAUGGAAGAGAGAACUCGUCAAAUCAACGACAGAGAGAGCUGCGCUUGGAAGAGUAUGUCUGAAGCUGGUAGUUGUUAUGGGUGUAACCUGGAUAGCCGAUUUAAUUUCGUUUGCUGCAGGGGGUCCCCAAGAAAUUUGGUACGUCACUGACAUAGUUAACAGCAUUCAUGGUGUUUUUAUCUUCAUCGUUGUUGGAUGUCAACCGCAGGUAUUAUCAGCUGUAAAAAGAUUUUGGUGUAUGCGAAAACAUCGACAAAAUGGAACAGCAGGAACAACUAACCAUCAUUCUACCAGCUCUCAAGGUCCCCAAUCAAUGGGUGAUACUUUGACCAACACAAACAGUGUCCUAACAAAUGGAACUACUAAGACUGUGCCUUUAGAAACAAGCUGUUGAGCCAGUCGAGAAUUGUUGAGUGUAUCAAAAAAAUUGAAUUGUAAAAGGGAUUUUGGACAGAAAAAUAAUUUCUAAUUUUAAUAUAUAAUUGCAAAACUCUAAAAUUCUUAUUUUGGCUGUGUAUACAUUUUCAAACACGUAAUUCAAUCUCUGAAAUUAUGUUCAAUAAGAGUCGAGAAAUUAUUUUUUGUCCAUAUUUAUAUAAUGUACAUAAUAUGACAACAUAGUUAAUAGAUAAAACUUGAUGGCAAAAUUAGAUGACGAAAAUCAAAUAGAUUCAUUAUGAAUUACUAAAAACGAUUCCUAAUAUCUAAAAAUAUGUUACUGUCGAAACAAGGUACCGUCAUAAUUUGAUUUGGAAGUCGUCGUGUGAAAAUUUGAUUUACAAUCAAAAAUCGACACAGCUUCAAAAUGAUUUGUUGAAUGAAAAAAUACAAAAAAAAACAUUUUAAUUCUUACAUAUCAGUUUGAGCAUCAUUAUCCUGAAUAUAGGAUUCAGGGAUACCAUCUUCCAUGCUCGUAGAUGUUGAUAAUGACUUAUUAUACUGAUGAAAUUUAUCCUGAUUUGCACAGUUUUAGCAAAUCCUGUUUCUUCUAAAUACUGAUAGGUCAAGGUUUAGAUUAUGCAUUUUUUUCGUGUCGAUCUCAGUGAAAUUUACCUUUACCUUUACCAAAAACAUAUUUCAGGCAUUUCAUAUUUAGCCAACCAUUAUCCCUGUAGGUGUUUUCGGUUUUAUUUCUCAUUAUUAGUUUUGGAAGCUCUUCCAAAUCGAAGAAAUGUUUAUACUCAUCGUGUGUUCAUUAUGUAGGAAUUUUUGUUCAACAAGGCAUCAAUAUUUUGAUUACUUUCAAUAAAAUUUAUAGGAAACUUCGUGCUCAACAACUAUAUAUUUAGCAAAAACCAUAUGGUAGAAAGUUUAGAGCGCUAUAAUUAAAAACCUAUGCGUUAUACAAAAGUUUCAAAUAAAAAAGAUGACAAAAAUUUUUCUGUAUAAAAAUGAUUUUUAUUAUUUUCAUCGUACGAUGCGCGGUUCGCGAGAUAUUUAAUAAAACGUGUUUUUCAAGAUGGCGACUGACGCGGGCGCUCCUCCAUGACGCCCAUUUGGAUUUACAUUCAAGGGAGACCCCUGAACAUAUUCCACAAAAAAUCGUUUUCUAGAACUUUGCAUUUUGAAUCUACUUUUUUUGUUUUGCUCUGGCACUUGGCCUAUUAUACAAAAACUUUAGACGAAUCCGAACAGCUGUUAAUCACGUAAAAUAUUUCCGAAUUUUUUUUUAAGCUUUUUCGACCAAAUGUCUUAGUUUCGCCCAAUAAAAAUGUACAUAAGACUUUUGUCUUGUUCUGAUAGAACUAGGAAGUUUCAAAUGAUCCAAUAUUUUUCUUUUUUAAAAUCCAGCUGUACUUAUCUCGUUUUAGCAGACUAAAAGUUGUAAAAAUGGAAAUAGAAAUUUUUUUACCACUUGCUUUGUAUACUUUGACAUUUUUUAAUCUAAUGGAGUACUUAACAUCGAAUAGGGCACUCGCAUUUUUUAAAAAGUAUUUAUUUUUGUGUGUAUUUUAAAGUUCUUGAUAUGAAAUAAUAUCAGAAAGUAAAAAAUUCAAUCGAAAGUGAAAAUAUAAUAACUAAAUCUUUAAUUGAAAAUCGCAAAAAUUUCAAAUUUUUAAUCACAUAAGAAAACAAUUCUCAUUGGUUUUCAUUUGUGACGUCAUAGAUUUGAUAAAAGCAUUUGUUUGAUAAUCACGAGGUUAUCGUUGCCGACAACGUAGCAUGUGCUGUUAUAAUACAGUUUCAAAUUUUUCUAAAAAUUAAAAGUAUAAUAAACUCAAUUACUAUAAAAUAAUAAAUAAGUUGAAUCUUACUAACAUUAAAAUGAUCCUGGCAACAAAACUAAUUGCAUCUCGAAGGAUCGUCAUAUCAUAGUCGUGAUAUUUUUACAUCUUGGCACAAAACACUUAUUUUAGAAUAACUGUCGUAUUUACUUUAUAUAAAUGUUUAUUUUAUACCUAUGACGUCUCGCAAUAUGGCGACCCCACUGAAAUGUUUAAACUACCUUCAAAAUUUUUGUAUUUUCAAUAAUUUCUUCCCUAUAAAUAUUGAUCAAAGAAUUAAAACAAACAUUAUAAUAAAAGUUGUAUAUAAACUAUCCAAAAAUAUUUUUUUUUCAAACCAUGCAAAUACCCUAUUGGGUAAAAAUGGAAUUAGCUUGUUUUGGCAGAAACCCGACGAUGUCAAUCAUCCUGUAAGAUUUACCAUCAAACUCUAUUGCGUGGUAGCUUUUGUCAUACUUUUACCAUUCAAUUUUGUAAUGUUGUGGAAUAUAGAUUUUUCUUAAUGGUACGAGAGCUAGCAACGUCAGGGAAAUAAAAAUUACGAGCUAUCUGGCUGGCGGUAGUGGUUGUGCAUCCUACCUGAUCAGGUAAAAUAUCAAUAUUUCAAAUCAUUUUAGGAAGUCCCUUUUUGUUUUUAUUAUUUUUAUCGAACUUUUUGCAACACUAAUCUAUCAGUGCCAGACAUUUUAAUUGUUGUUCAAACUGUGCUAAUUUUGAUUUAAAAAAAAACAAAAUUUCAAAAAUAUUUUAGUAUGGCUGAAAUUUUUAUAUGACGUUAUUUAAAUAUCUAAAAAUAAAAUUAAUUUGCCAAACAAUAAUUCGAUUGUUAAACCUUCAGCCAGAUCGAAUAAUUGCACUAGAACUGCAUUUUUUUAGAUAUCAACUUCUGUAUAUGAAUUUUGAGACGUUUUAUCUGGCAGGCUUUUGCCAAAAUCUACUGCACAGUAUUUUAUAUCAAAAUUGAACUAGAAUGUGCUGGGAAUAUCUACUGUUGACAUAAAUUAAUUUCAAAUAGAUUAGAUAUUUUUUAAAACUGUUGUAACAGUUUUUGUAAUAUCCAUCGGUGUCAUUAACUUUUUACACUUUUUCAAUUUAACUUUCCACUUUUAGAUGGGCUUUAGCAAUCGAAUUAUUGUUCAGCAAAUCAAUUUUGGGUUUUUAGAUACUCAAAUAAUAUCAUAUAAAAAUUGCAACCAUACUAAAACAUUAAAAAUAAAUAUAUGGCAAUAAUAAAUUCAUGUUGGAAAAAGUUCAUUAAAAAUAAUAACAAAAGAAAUGUCUUGAAAUGAUUUAGAUUGUGCACUGAUGAACGCAACCACUACCGCCAGAAAGAUAGCUUGUAUGACGCUCUUGAGAGUGAGGGAGAUAACAUAUCACAAACCUAGCCUACCUGGAAUUCUCUCUUGAAUACUUGGCUAGCUCUUGAACUAUAAUACUUGAAAAAUGGAGGAAUAUACGAUUUUACUUAUUCUAUUUUGUACUAGCUACUGAAAAGUAACGAAUGCGAAAUGUACUUUUCAACAAGUUGUAUACCCUAUUCUUCCUACGAGCACAUAAAAAAUUCUCCAAAGAAAGUAUUUUUUUUUUAAAUAAAAAAGUCAAUUAAACAAUAUCACACGUGUGUUGAAUAGUUGAAAAUCCUACAAAAUAUUUUUUAUUUUACAAUAGUAGAGAUGACAAAAACGAAAAGAAUGAUUGUGAUAUAUUUUAUAACUAAAGAACGAAAAGAAAACCAAUAGAACAAUAAAUUUUUUGUAACUAUAUAUUAUUAAUGAUUUUGUUUUACUUUUUUUCUGAGACGUUAUAAAAUGUAAAGUUGUUAUAACAAUAACGAAAUUGCAGUGGAUUUUUGUAAAGUUGCAUUUUUGGUGGUGUCCCUAACAUAUGUGUUUAUUGCCUCUUGUUGCUGUAUAGAUGAAGUUGCAUUGUUUUUGGGUUGUGCAAUGUCAGUAUGUUAUCCAGCAUUUUGUUCAACUUCUUUGUUUACUGUCAUCUAUGCACUGAUCAGCCUUCAUUAUGGAGAAUUAAUAUUCAUUCAACUACUUUAUACAUUACCCAGUAAUAGUAAUAACACUCAAUUUUAACGCUUAAAUUAUCUUGCAGAUACUACUAUGUAUUUGAAUUAUCACAACAAACUUUCAAUUUUUAUUGUAAACACUGAUAUAACCUCAAAAAAUCAUAUUGUCUACUUGUUUAGUCUCCUUAAAUUUGGCCUUUUGCCUUUCGGCACCCAGCCAGAUACAUAUUGUUUCCGCGAAUUGUCUCUAUCGGUCCAGACCAUAUAUAACAUAAGAAAAAGAAGCAUUUGUUAUUUUUUAGUACAUGUGUGAAAAGAACUACUUUCUUAGGUUAAAAUGACUGUGCAAUUCAUCAUUUUUAUAAGUGGUCGUAGGAAAAUUUAUUUUAUUACUAUUAAUGUUUAACUCCAAUUUUCAAUUAAAAAAAAUCUACCAUGGUUUUGAUUUCUAAAUUCUCAAAUAACAUAUUUAUAUAGUUUUAUAUAGCAAUAAUAUGAAAAUAUGUCUGUCCUUUGCCAUUAGGGCUUUGUAAUUACAUAUGAGAGAUAUUUUUCUAUAUUUUUGAAAUUUAAAAAAUUUCUAAUAAUAGAUAUUUUUUAAAACUGACUAUACAAGAAAAUUUUAGAAUAUUCAUCUCUAUUCGAUUUUAGUUAUUUUCCCUCAAACUUGUUUUCAACAUUACUAUCUACAGUAUAUUACGAGUGCGUUUAGUUUUGCAAAAAAAUAUAUUCGAUAGCUUUUUCAUACCAAUAACGGUCUUGUUCUUAAAAAUAGCCAUUAACACUUGGUGUGAACCUUGGACCACUAAACCAUUUUUUCAAGUUUAGAAAAAAAUAUAAUCGAAAAGAGAUGUGAUUUAUGGUAUUUUGACAUUUUGAAAUUUAAUGUUUUCCAAACGCUUAGAAAUUAAUCAUGUUUUAUAAUUUAUUUUCUUGUAAAUUCGAAACUAUAAAGUGUGUUCAAUCAAUAAAGAUGCCAAAAAUGCAUUGUAAAGACUUGCUAUAAUCUAUAUUUUAAGUUAUUUAUCUAAAAAGCACGUUGCCAAGUCGAACAAAUUAAUAUAAUUGUACAUUUGGAAAUGCAUCGUCGUUUUUGCAUUGAACGAAUGCAAUUUGAUUGUAUGGAUGCUUACAGUACAUUUUCUUACUUCUAGAUAGAUUCUACAUUUCGAUUGAAUAAGAAAAUUUGAUAAAGGAACUAACAAUAUCAGAAGUUUCAAUAGAAAAAAGGGAAAAAAAAUACAAUCCUUUAUCUACCACAUUAUUUAUCGAAAAGUAAUAAAUUUAGACAAUGAGUUCAAAGGCACUUCUACCUGUAUUGUGUAAGGUGUCUCCACAGAAAGCUCACAUUUAAAAAAAAUAAAUUCAAUAAAAGUUUAUUGAUAAAAUUUUUGUUACAAAUCAAAAUACAUUUCUUAGGAAUUUAUUUCUUAAAAAUAACAUCAUCCAAAUGUGAACCGUCGCUGACACAUCACUGGCAGGUGAUGGCUGCUUUAGAUUUGACGUAAACCUACAGGUGUUGAAUCGGGACUGAGUGGAGGCCAACUUAUGUCGCCUCUCCUGGAUUCUGCGUGUAUGAAGUUGCUCCGUCUUUCUGGAAUCAUUAAGAUGAAAAUGAACUUCAUUCGAAAACAAGAUGCUGUUAAACGUUGGAUCAGCAUCUCGAAGUUUGACUGGUACAGCCCCGAAUCUUUGUGUGUGGAAGAGAGAGAUUCGAUUUUUGUAAGAGGGGGGGUUUUUUAGAAGAGGCCCUGAUGUAGGAAUAGCUCCUCUGCAGGAUUUGAUUUUAUUGUCACAUGACUGCAUAAAUGUCGAUUUGGAUGUUAUACACAACAGUGUUUACAACUCUCAAAAAUUUAUGUCCCUAAAGCACUAAUCAAAAAUCCCUAAAAUCCCCACAAUUUCUAGUGUUUCUUCCUUAAAAGAAAUUCUGAUUUUUUAAAAUCAUAUGUAUUCACAUAAAAUAUUUAUUUUUAUUAUUGCUAUUAAUUAUUUAAGUUAUAAAAGUCCCUAAAAAUACCCAUAAAAACACCUCAUCCCGUAAUUUUUUCCCUAAGUUGGGAACCCUGGCACACAAUCUCAUUCAGCUCUGAUAUUUUCACUUUGACACAGAAUGAAGUUUUGAUCGCUUACAGGAAAGAAACUUAGCAUAGGCAACACAAAAUACAGCUACUGAUAUUUUGUACGUUUUGAAAACAAGUUUUUCAAUUCUGCUAAGUAGAAUCAGAUUGAAGUGGGACAUCGAUAAACUUUAUUUUUAGUUUUGAUUGUAAUUAAACCACAGAACUGUGUGUCACGAUAAAUUAAUAGGUAAAAUACGAAAAAUAAUACAAUACGAUUCGCAUGAUACAAUUUGUUAAACCAGAGCGUGAUAUUAUAGAACUGUACUGAAAGCAAUCUUACAUUCUUCCCAGUAUUAUAAAAAAAAAAAAAACAUAAUACCGCAUGUUGUGAGUGAUAUGAAGUUAUUUUGAAAAUUUUUAUGAGUAACUUCGAAAAUUUUAGAGUAAUGCUUAUUUAUUUAUAUUACAUUGUACUUUUCUCGCAUUGUGUAUAUAUACAUAAUUUGUUUUUAUGUUUUAAGUGUUUGUUGUAAAGAUCAAAGAAUGUCAGUAUUUAAUUUUUAUAUAAAAAAAAUGAAAUAAAAGCAAAAUUUUA